AUGGGAGAGCUGAACAAAACAAUUUUGUCUGACUCUUGCAGUAAAACCAAGCCACCCACAUUCAGGUUUUGGACGCACUCUGGUGAAAUCAUCAGAGUAACAUGCGACGAUGAUCUGACGCUGAAAUGGCUAAAAACCAAGAUAGCAACCUUAAAAACAUGGGAAGGAGCAACACUCGCUGUUGUAAGGAUGGACGAGCUUCUCAAGCUCACCAAAGCUCACCAAAGCUUACCAAAGCCUCUCUCUGGAUCCCAGGGGAAGCGCAAACUGACCUUGACGAGGAAAUUGUGCUCGGGCGACUUGAGGGGCAAAACCCAAAUUUACAUGUGGCGAAAUGGUGCACCUUCCACCAUAAAACAAACAAAAAACCCAAGGGCCAUCUCUUCGUCUUUGGCAUCGGAGACGAAUAGUAACAGAUAUACAAUUUUAUUAACAAUACAUAGUUGUAAUUAG